GCCUCCGACAUCAUAUCCGUUGGAAUAUUCGAUGUCGUACUUGCCUGUUUGCUCUUUGCAGCGUCUGACUUAUCCGGUGCCGGGUCCUUCUUCGAAGCCGAGUCCUUCUUCUGGGCCGGGUCCUUUGGAGCCGAUUCCUCCUUCGAGGUCUUAUCCUUCUUCACCUUGUCGCCCUUUGUCUUCUUCCCCUCGGCAGCUUUGGAUUUUUGUUUUACAAUCACCCUUUCUACUUUAGCGUCGAAUUCCUUCAAUGUUUUGCCUUUUUUUGGAUCAGCCCACUCUGAAAAAAAUAUU